AUGGCGAAUAAGGCCCUCAUCCCCUUCCUGGUCACGAUGAUGCUCGUGACCGGCGUUUGUAACACUAUUCUGAAUAAAUAUCAGGAUAUGCAAUGUGUUCGAAACUGCGACUCCCCCGAUCCCAGCGAUCGUCACCUCUUCGAACAACCCGUUAUCCAGACGUGGGUACACCAGAUCCGCCGUUUCCUCAUUUCUGCUGACCUUCACCGCUUCAGGAUUCAAAUGUUCGUCGGUGAAUCGGGAAGUUGGCUCGUGGUUGCCCUCUCCUUCCUUUACCGGCGCUACGUCGCCCCGCGCUUCUCGAGCGACACAUCACCCCUUCUUGCCGGCGGCUAUCGCCCUGUCAACGGUGACGACCACCUCGAGGACGGUGACGACGACGAUCACCAUGUUGGCAACGGAACGGAUGACCCCACAAAGCCAUCGCACGCCGAGGAUGGACGAACCAAACUGCAGGGCCGGAAGAUCUUCCUUCUCGCUGCGCCGGCGUGCUGUGAUAUUGCCGGAACUACCCUCAUGAAUGUUGGGCUGCUCUUUGUCGCCGCCAGUAUCUACCAAAUGACUCGGGGCGCCCUAGUUCUCUUCGUCGGUCUGUUCAGCGUCCUCUUCCUCCACCGCAAGCUGUACCUGUACCAGUGGAUGGCGUUGUUCGUCGUCGUGCUCGGCGUCGCGCUUGUCGGUCUGGCGGGUGCCCUCUUCGGCGACAGCUCGCACCACGACUUGACCAAGGAGAACGCGAUAGCUGCGGUCACCAACGCUACCCUGCAGGCUCGCGCUGUGGCGAGCACGCCUGAGGCUGUCAAGGCCGUCAUCGGCGUCCUCCUGAUUGCCGCGGCGCAGAUCUUCACCGCGUCACAAUUCGUCUCGGAGGAGUGGAUCCUGGAGAACUACGCCAUGGACCCGAUCCAGGUGGUCGGCUGGGAGGGCGUGUUCGGUUUCUCCGUUACGGUGAUCGCAUCGAUCAUCCUGCAUUUCACGAUUGGGCGCACGCCUGCCGGUCGGUAUGGCUACUUUGAUGCGAAUGAGGGAUGGCGGCAGGUGCUCAGCAACAAGAACGUGAUGAUUUCAAGCGUGUUGAUCAUGUUCAGCAUUGGCGGCUUCAACUUCUUCGGCCUCUCCGUCACCCGGUCGGUCUCCGCGACCUCUCGCAGCACGAUCGACACCUGCCGCACCCUGUUCAUUUGGCUGGUCUCGCUCGCGCUCGGAUGGGAGUCCUUCAAGUGGCUGCAGGUGCUGGGCUUUGUCCUGCUGGUCUAUGGGACGUUCCUGUUCAACGAUAUCCUAUGGUAUAGUGUACUCACACGCCCAAGCAACCGCCAAUGA